AUGGAUGAUGUUACAGUCUCACCUGUGACGGAUGGACAGGCGCGGUCAGCUGAUCCACUGCAGACAAACAGAGAAGUGACACAAAGAUCUUUCAUGAUGGAUAUCCGCGGGGCUGUGGAUGCUGCGGUCCCUACUAACAUCAUCGCAGCAAAAGCUGCGGAGGUUCGGGCUAAUCUUGUAAACUGGCAGUCGUACCUGCAGAGCCAGAUGAUUUCAGCUGAAGACUGUGAGUUUAUCAAGAAAUUUGAGGUGGCCAACUCUGAAGAGAAACAGAUUAUACUGACUAAAGAGGGACAUCAGUGUGCCAAGACGUUCUUGAAUUUGAUGGCUCACAUCUCUAAGGAGCAGACUGUUCAGUACAUCCUAACUCUGAUAGACGACACUUUGCAGGAGAACCAUCAGCGGGUGAGCAUUUUCUUUGAUUAUGCCAAAAAGACAAAGAACACAGCCUGGUCAUACUUCCUGCCCAUGCUGAAUCGCCAAGACCUUUUCACUGUCCACAUGACUGGAUUAAUAUGA